AUGGCGAGCGCCGCAGCUCGCGUUUCAGGAUUUACUAUAGUUGGAACAAUUCUGAUCGCCAUCUCCAUCGUUUUAAUCAUCUUUGCUGAAGCGUUCCCCUACUGGCAGCAGGCUGAGAAAACCCGGGAGACAGGGAUCCCCAGUGUGGGUCUGUGGCAGGUGUGUUUUAGAGACGACGGCUACCCCGCUCCGCCCUGGGCCAACGAUGGCCUGGGCAAGCGUUACUAUGGCUGUAACUACGUGUUUGAUAGGGACCUCCGGAUGAUUCGCGAUUGGAUCUAUCCAGCACGAAAUAUCAGUUCAAAACAAACGACAAGAAUUCUUCCAAACAGCACACGGCAUCACUUGAGAAGAGUAGUUAGCAACAACAAACAAAAUAUGAUUUCUCUCACAAACGAGAU